AUGGACUCCCCCAAUGGCCUGAGAAAUGGCAAGUCCAUCUCCCCCGACGCGAUGGCAAUAUCCACGCCCUCCGCGAAUGACAACGCCAAUUCCGCCCCAGAUGCGACGAAUGUCAAAUCUGAGUCUGGCGACACGAAGGUCUCUAUUUCUGCUUCAGCUUCAGCCUCUCCUGCUGCCGUCACCUCCGCAACCUCCGAUCAAUCAAACACAGAAGCACACCACAACAUGAAGGCCAGUCCCUCCGACGAGGAGACGGUCGGCGGCGACAUCCUCCUCAAACAGGAGCCCGGUCAGCCUCCCAAGCUGUCGCGUAGCUCCUCGCAAAAGGUCGUUUCGCGUCCACCGCAGCUCUUCGACCACCUCCCUGAUAGCACUCAAGAUGCUCUCGCGACUUUCGAGCAGAUCGAGGCCUGUUGGUACGCGAAUAAAUACAUGGGCUACACGGAACAUGCAAUGGAGUGUGACUGCUCUGAGGAGUGGGAUGCGAAACACGGCCAGAAUCAAGCCUGUGGCGAAGACUCCGACUGCAUCAACCGAGCAACCAAAAUCGAAUGCGUGGGCGACUGUGGUUGCGGCCCCGACUGCCGCAAUCAACGAUUCCAGAAAAAACAAUACUCGCAGGUCUCGGUCAUCAAGACAGAGAAGAAGGGCUUCGGGUUACGCGCCGAGUCAAACCUCGAACCACACCAGCUGAUAUUCGAGUAUGUCGGCGAAGUCGUAGGCGAGGCCCAAUUCCGCCGCCGCAUGAGACAAUAUGACGAGGAGGGCAUCAAGCAUUUCUACUUCAUGUCCCUCAACAAGGGCGAAUUCGUGGACGCGACAAAACGUGGUAACCUCGGUCGAUUCUGCAACCAUUCUUGUAACCCCAACUGCUAUGUCGAUAAGUGGGUGGUGGGCGAGAAAUUACGUAUGGGAAUUUUCGCCGAGCGAGCUGUGGAAGCAGGCGAGGAGUUAGUCUUCAACUACAACGUCGAUCGUUACGGUGCCGAUCCCCAACCUUGCUACUGUGCAGAGCCGAACUGUACAGGAUUUAUCGGUGGUCGUACCCAGACUGAGCAAGCCACCAAGCUCUCGAAUGCGACAAUCGAAGCUCUUGGUAUCGAUGAAGAGGACGCUUGGGAUACCGUGGUUGCCCGGAGGCCCAAGAAGAAGAAGACGGAGGAGAACGACGAGGAAUAUGUGGACAGCGUACAGCCCAAGUCUCUUCAGGAGGAUGGCGUCACCAAGGUCAUGGCUGCCCUCAUGCAAUGCCAGGAGAAAUGGAUUGCUGUUAAGCUUUUGGGCCGUAUCCAGCGUUGUGAGGAUGAGAGGGUGUCCAACAGGGUGGUUAAGAUGCACGGUUACCAGAUUCUGAACUCCCAGCUCGCGCAAUGGAAAGAGGACUAUAAUGUCGUGCUGCAGAUCUUGGACAUUCUUGACAAGUUCCCGCGAAUGACCCGCAACAAGAUCAUCGACUCCAAGAUCGAAACGAAUAUACAGCCUCUCACCACCUGCGGCGACGAACGUGUCGCACAGAAAGCCAUCGUCUUGUUGGCCGACUGGGCAGACUUGAAGGUGGGAUACCGCAUUCCGCGUAUGAAGCGGGAUGAGCAAGCCAAGAAAGCAGUCAAUCAAUUCGAGCGCCGGGAAUCUGGCCGCGAGCAGCGUCAACGUUCUGUCACACGAUCCCCUUCGCCUUCAUACGAGGCCCGACAACGCCCAACUCAACCACGGCGAGAGAGAAUUCAGCAUCAACAGAAUCAGCGGCCUCGACCCAAUCGUCGGCGCCAGGUCCCGGAUCGUCAGCUUCCAGAUGGAUGGUUCCAGGCAGAGAACGAGUCAGGUCGCUUCUACUACUACACUGCCGACGGAAAAACUACAUGGCAGAAGCCGACGGCCCCUGCGACUCCUGCGGCACCAACGGCACAGAAGAAGAAUUUGGCUUUGCAAAGCAUCAUUGACGGCAUUGUCAAUUCGCAAGAAAAGACCCCAACCUCCGAGCACAAGAGUGAUACCCCAGGCACCCCGCAACCGGCAUCUGAUCAUCAAGAGAAGAAGCGGGAGGAUAAAGGAUGGAGGAAGCUUCCUAUAGAGAAGCAGAAAAAGCUCUACGAGAACACUCUAUUCCCCCACAUCAAGCCAUUCGUCGAUAAAUACAAAAAUAAGAUCCCAAAGGACGAUCUCAAGCGCUUUGCCAAAGAGACGGCCACCAAACUCGUGAAUAGCGACUAUAAAGCCAACCGCGUCACGGAUCCCACAAAAAUCACUGAUAAACACCAACAAAAAGUCAAAAGCUUCUGCAAAGAUUACUUCGACAAAGCCUACAAAAAGCACAAAGAGCGCAUGGAAAGAAAGCACAAAUCUCGCGCCUCCAGUGCCACCAGCACACCAGCCACAACAAAAACAACAACAUUCCCCAUCCGACACACUGAAGCAGAAGCAGAUUCCACCCCCGCAGACGCAGACGAGGACACCACAAAACUCUCCGACGACGAAGCAGGUGGUGAUGCUACCACAUCGACUUCACCAAUGGACGACGACACCUCAGCCUCAGCCUCAUUGAAGCGUAAACGUCCCGAGGAAAUCGAUGCCGAGAACCUGGUAAAUGGUUCUGCUGGAGAUGCCGGCUCAGCUUCUCCCUCCAAACGACAGAAAUCCACACCUCCGCCACCACCUCCUCCGCCCCCUGAUGCCGAUGCCGACGGCGAUGUCGACCUUGGUGAUGAGACGCCGAAACUUGAUGACGAUGAAGGUGAUGAUGAAUCUGCUCCGCCUCCACCUCCGCCCCCGCCGCCAAAGGACGAGCAUUCGAAUUCUCCGGACGAAUAUCCCACCGAGAUGGAGGGCGUUCAGCAACAACAGAAUGGUGUUGGGGUGCAGCGGGUAUAG